AUGGAUGUAUACAAGCAAACUCAAUAUCAACACUCGUCAAAGCAUAUUCUCGCCCGUAGGGCUUUGGAUUACAAACAACAAUAUCGCCCAGCAGUAUUCAGAAGAGGAGCAGCAAUACAAUGCGGGUACGGAUACCCAAACAACAAAGAAAUGGAAGAAACAAUAGUCCUCGUCUCUGCCGUGCCAACCGAACCACCAUCAAGACGACAUUGGAAGACGGCAUCACUGCCGACGGUAACUAUUCCAUCUAAAUCCAAUGAUAUACACGACGAUGUCUCUUUUUAUUACAUCAUAAUGUUGAUUAAACAAGCUGACCCUGAUCGUUUUCUUGCUUCCUAUCCUGUUAGUUGCGGCGAUAUCUUUUGUGGCACCCAUUGUUCUCAUUAUAUUCGUCUCGACCAAAAUGUCAAUUUCAAUUUGGCCGGAUUUGCAUCGAGAGUGUGUGACAAGUGCUAUGGGGUAUAUGUACGAGCGUUAGACAAAUGCCGCAGCACGGAUUCAUAUCAAUAUGACGCAUAUGGCGAAGAAGAGGGGUACAUACAGAAGAGGAGAUAUCAAAGAGAAUAUGAACAGAAAAGUUCCAAGAAGGAGCAAGCAGACAAUGUGCGGGAAAGGACGAAUCACAGUAAUAAUAAUCAUAAUAGCAUCAACGAUUUGUUAGAAAGUUAUUUGAAAGGAAAUUGCGGAAGAUACGCAGACGAACCAUAUGUUGAAGAUCACAACAAUAUGAUUAGUGGCCAUCGGCUUUUGAAACAAUCAAACUUUGUCGUAGCAGCUCCAUCUGAUUGGGCGUGGUCUACGUUCUGA